GGGGAAGCCUGGGCCAGGGCCGGUGCUGGUGCCCAGUAAACGAAGCCGGGGGUCUGUCCUAUCCCGUGACCCUGCCCCUCCGCUCUUCUGAGCGCAUCUCCUAAGACUGGGCCGCGCCUGUGCCUGCCUUCCGUCCGCGGUACUUUUUUGCCCUGGCGGGGAGUGACUCCUCACUCCCUCCUUGGAACCCACGUAUACGGCGGCUGUCUCGGGCCUUGUUUCCUUUUAGCCCCUCAAGCCCUUCAGAGAUUCGCCUGAGAGAGAACAGAGAGAAGGGAUGUGAUCCAGCUCUCCUGGGUGAGGCAGGGGGUUCCGAGGGACCCCCGCUUGCAGGUCAGUUCUUCAGAUAGCUACUCAGCUCUGGAAAAUGAGCAUCCUCAAGAGACCUCAGAAUCCAACAAUAGUGUGUAUACUUCCUUCAUGAAGUCUCAUCGCUGCUAUGACCUGAUUCCCACAAGCUCAAAAUUGGUUGUAUUUGAUACUUCCCUGCAGGUGAAGAAAGCUUUCUUUGCUUUGGUGACUAAUGGUGUGCGAGCUGCCCCUUUAUGGGAUAGUAAGAAGCAAAGUUUUGUGGGGAUGCUGACCAUCACUGAUUUCAUCAAUAUCCUGCACCGCUACUAUAAAUCAGCUUUGGUACAGAUCUAUGAGCUGGAAGAACACAAGAUAGAAACUUGGAGAGAGGUGUACCUACAGGACUCCUUUAAACCACUCGUCUGCAUUUCUCCUAAUGCCAGCUUGUUUGAUGCUGUCUCUUCAUUAAUUCGAAACAAGAUCCACAGGCUGCCAGUUAUUGACCCGGAAUCAGGCAACACCCUGUACAUCCUCACCCACAAGCGCAUCCUCAAGUUCCUCAAAUUGUUUAUCACUGAGUUCCCCAAGCCAGAGUUCAUGUCUAAGUCUCUGGAAGAGCUGCAGAUCGGCACCUAUGCCAACAUUGCUAUGGUCCGCACCACCACCCCCGUCUACGUGGCUCUGGGCAUCUUUGUACAGCACCGAGUCUCAGCCCUGCCAGUGGUGGAUGAGAAAGGGCGUGUGGUGGACAUCUACUCCAAGUUUGAUGUUAUCAAUCUGGCAGCAGAAAAGACCUACAACAACCUAGAUGUGUCUGUGACCAAAGCCCUGCAACAUCGAUCACAUUACUUUGAGGGUGUCCUCAAAUGCUACCUGCAUGAGACUCUGGAAACCAUCAUCAACAGGCUGGUAGAAGCAGAGGUUCACCGACUUGUAGUGGUGGAUGAGAAUGAUGUGGUCAAGGGGAUUGUAUCACUAUCUGACAUCCUGCAGGCCCUGGUGCUCACAGGUGGAGAGAAGCCCUGAAUUGGGGGAAGGGGUCAGGCAGCACCAGGGGAUAUGCCUCACUCACUGCCUGCCCAGAGCUCUGGGAACUACAGAUGAAACCUUUAGAGAAUUGUGACUCUGUUCCCUGUCUGAGAGUCCCCUGUCCUUCUACAUGGGAGCUAGGGAAGGUGUCGGGGGAGGGAAGGAGAAUGGAUUUUUUUAGCUGUUCUUAUCCUCACACUUGAGGAGAACUUUCAGCCUAGCCCAUCCUAGCCCCUGCCCUCUUAGACCUAGCCCCCUUUCUGGGUGAACUGUGGGCUCUGUGCUCCUCAGGCAAAUUCUGAUCUCUAAGAGAUCCCCAGAUCUCACCUAGCCUUUGCCUCUGUCUCUGUCUCUGACUCCACCCUAAGAUAAUAGGCACAACAAAACUCUUCAUAAGGAUAUUUUUAUUCAUCCUGUUUCAUGCUGUAUGAGGAGGCUGAGUUCAUUUAGUGGCAUUUCUUCCCAUAAUGGGAGUGAGGAGGAUCCUAGGGAGGAGGGCCUUUGGGUUCCUGUGCUCAAUGCAGAUGAAGGGAGAUGGGAGUCAGGUGGAGGGGGAGGGCAGAGUGGUUAGCUGAGGUUAUUGCUUUUCAUGGCAAACCUAAUUAAAAUGACAGGAGCCUCUUCA